GUGGGGGUGAUGGCUCCUGGCGCCGGCGCCCGCGCCCCAGGAAGUCGCCUUUGCCUGAAGUGAUAUUCAAGUCUAACAUCUGAGUUACAUUCAUUCAUUCCCCCGUCAUUAUUGCACGCUGGGAGCGUGGUUCAACUGUGCUUGGCGCCAGACCUCCAUCUACUCCACGCCGCCGUGCGGGUUUCCUCUGUACCAGUGAUGGCCGAGGCAGCCGAGGCAGCCGAGGCCAAGGGGCUAAGUGCUGCUGGGUCCCUAGAACAUCGGUGACUUUUUCAAACCCCGGAAAGGAGUGAAAGGCGAUCCUCACUGUAUGGAAGCGAAAACACCUCCCUCCGGAGUGACUUCUCAGUCCCGUCCCUACGGAAUAAGUGCCGUUUCCCAGCCCUGCCCGCCCUUCCAAGGAAUCGGCAGGCCCUGCGCUGGGAUGCGCGUCCGCCUAGGAAUCCCCUCGCUCCCCUCUCCCCGGGACUCAGCCUUCAGAAAGGCCAACUUCAAGUCCGCCACUAUCCCAAGAUUCCCGACGCCCGGUUUCCUGCCCUUCUACCCUCCCAGCCCCCGGUGCCUGCGGGAGCGGCAAGAUGGCGGACGGCGACGGCUCGGGUGAAGCCGCGACUGCUGCGGGACCUCCUGCCCCCGCUCCCGGCCUGAGCCCGCCCCCGGGCUGGAGGGAGCGGCUGCGGGCCGGGCUGGCGGGGACUGGGGCCUCGCUGUGGUUCGUGGCGGGGCUGGGGCUGCUUUACGCUCUGAGGGUCCCGCUGAGACUUUGUGAAAAUUUGGCCGCGGUGACAGUAUUUUUAAAUUCAUUGACUCCCAAAUUCUAUGUGGCACUUACAGGGACAUCAUCUUUGAUAUCGGGACUAAUAUUUAUAUUUGAAUGGUGGUAUUUCCAUAAGCAUGGCACAUCUUUUAUUGAACAAGUAUCUGUAAGCCAUCUGCGACCACUGAUGGGAGGAACAGAAAGCAGCAUUUCAGAGCCAGGUUCUCCUUCUAGCAACAGAGAAAGUGAAACCAGCAGACAGAAUUUGUCAGAAUGCAAGGUAUGGAGAAACCCCCUAAAUCUUUUCAGAGGAGCAGAAUAUAGGAGAUACACUUGGGUGACUGGUAAAGAGCCACUUACAUACUAUGACAUGAAUUUGUCAGCUCAGGACCAUCAGACCUUUUUCACUUGUGACACAGACUUUUUACGUCCUUCAGACACAGUUAUGCAGAAGGCAUGGAAGGAAAGAAAUCCUCCAGCUCGAAUCAAAGCAGCCUAUCAAGCUUUAGAAUUAAACAAUGACUGUGCCACUGCCUAUGUUCUACUGGCUGAGGAAGAAGCAACAACUAUUGUAGAUGCUGAAAGGUUAUUUAAACAGGCACUCAAGGCUGGAGAAACAAUUUAUAGAAGGUCACAGCAGUGCCAGCACCAAAGUCCUCAGCAUGAAGCUCAACUAAGGAGAGAUACCAACGUACUGGUAUAUGUUAAAAGAAGAUUGGCAAUGUGUGCAAGGAAAUUAGGAAGAAUACGAGAAGCAGUAAAAAUAAUGAGAGAUUUGAUGAAAGAAUUUCCUCCUCUUAGCAUGUUGAACAUCCAUGAAAAUCUCCUAGAAUCACUUUUAGAAUUACAGGCCUAUGCAGAUGUACAGGCAGUCCUAGCAAAAUAUGACGAUAUAAGCCUUCCAAAGUCAGCAGCAAUCUGUUACACAGCAGCACUACUGAAGACAAGGACUGUUUCAGAUAAAUUUUCACCAGAAACAGCCUCCAGAAGAGGGUUAAGCACAGCAGAAAUUAAUGCUGUGGAAGCAAUUCAUAGAGCCGUGGAAUUUAAUCCUCAUGUCCCAAAAUACUUACUAGAGAUGAAAAGUCUAAUUUUGCCUCCAGAACACAUUCUGAAACGGGGUGAUAGUGAAGCAAUUGCCUAUGCUUUCUUUCAUCUUCAGCACUGGAAGCGAAUAGAGGGUGCUCUUAAUCUAUUACAGUGUACAUGGGAAGGCACUUUCAGAAUGAUUCCGUACCCGUUAGAGAAAGGCCAUCUAUUUUACCCUUAUCCCAGCUGCACAGAGACGGCUGAUAGAGAACUGUUACCUACUUUUCAUCAUGUUUCUGUUUACCCAAAGAAGGAGCUUCCUUUUUUCAUCCAUUUCACAGCAGGAUUGUGUUCUUCUACAGCAAUGAUAGCCCUUCUCACACACCAGUUUCCUGAAAUCAUGGGUGUUUUAGCUAAAGCUGUAAGUAUGAUCUCACGGACUUGUAUAGAGUAUCUAUAAAACACACAAGAAACCAUCUCUGAUCCGUUAGUGCUAAAGCUGUUGAGUGAUGGAAGAUAUUUGUUACAGUAAAUUACAGGAAUUGAUUUGUAAAGUUGCUACCAUAAAUAUGUCAAACGUCAGUUUUUGGUGAUUUGAACUAUAUUUUUGUUGCUUAAAAAUUUCAAGUAUACAAUGUCAUAACAUUGCAAAGUUGUCUUUGUGAUCACUUUUGGUGGUCAAUGCGGCACUUGUUACCAACUCAAGAAUAAUCUAAUUCCUUUAAACCCAUUUUCUUGGGCAUUUAAAAAAUCCAUAUUUUAUGAAUAAACCUUUUGCUUUUCCUAUUUAAAUGAAAUCAUUAGUUCUAAGGAGUUGCUGAACUUAAAUUCAAGAGUGCAACUAGGAUGGAGAACAGGUAGGUAAGAGGGGCAGGUGGGACAUCUUUAUCCAAAGGUUCUCCUUGAAGAGAGAGCCCAAGGAUCAACCUUUAUUUUCAUUUUUACCCUUGUGUCUUGACCCGCUUCUGCAUUUCCUGACUCAGUCUAGGAAGUUCUUGAAGACUGUUAUUAGAGAGAAUAUUCCAUGAUUAUUUACUCUUUUACAUAGUUUAUUAAUUAAUGAGAUUCGCUCACAGUAAAAUUACCAAAGAUUAGUCCCUGUAAGUCUCCACACCUUCUUUUUUAAAGAUUUAUUUUUAUUUAUGCAUACAAGAACUGGAGUGCAGGCCAGAGGUGCGGGGGGUGAGAGGAUUCACCAGAGACAAAGUGGGGAGCAGAACAGGCGAAUCUACUGAAAUACACUGCUGAGGGGAGCAGCAGGUGAGAUAGGAGAGGUCUGCUGUGCCAUGUGGGUCAGCUUCCUGGGUGGGCAGGGAUCGAACUUGUUGCAGUGGCUGGCAGUAGCUUGAUAGUGCUGAGACUUAACCCCUUGCGCCACCAGGGAGACCCAUUCUCCAUACCUUUUUAAAAUGUCUUUCUUGUAUGUCUUCACAUUUUUACCAGGUAAUAAGAGUUCAAACCCUGAAAGAAAAUGUUUCAAUAUAUUCUUACAUAAAAAAGCACUGAGAACCACAGAAAAACUAGCUUUUACUUUGUUAUAUAUUUUCUAUAUUUUUCUCCAUAUUCCUCCAUUCUAAUCUCCUGCCUUAAGAAUACUUUAUUUUGUGCCUUAAAGAUUAGUUGAUUUUCUUCUGACACUAAUGGUGAGAACACUGGUUUCCCUUACCCUCGAAGGUUAACUGUAGAAUGCAUUAAGUUGACACUGGCCUAGAAUCUGAGUCUACACUUGUGUCUAGGUCAAACUUCAAGAAGAAUGACUUUCCGUUGUUGUUGAAGGAAUAUAGAGAUACUUGGGUGGGAAACUGACAGUUAUAUUUCUUUUGAAAGAGGUUAGUAUUAAAAUAAAUAAAUAAAUAAAUAAAAAAA